CUUAUCUCCGCCGUGGUCAAACACUUUUUUUCGGAACCUGAAGGCAUUUCAACGAUAGAUUUCGUUCGAAAUGGGUCUCUCGACGCACAUUCUGGACACCAGCCGGGGCAAACCGGCAGUAAAUGUGAAAAUCACUCUGUACCGUGGAACUGCGGGUGUACCGGAAAGCUGGGAAAAGACCACCGAAGGCUUGACCGACAGCGAUGGACGAUUCAAGGGAUUCUUCGUGGACAAUCCGGCCGCCUUCACCAAUGGGCUGUACAAGCUGCGCUUUCAGGUUGGACAGUACUACGAACAACUGAACACCGACACGUUGUAUCCGUUUGUUGAGAUCGUUUUCGACAUCAAAGAUGCCAGCCAGCACUAUCACAUUCCCCUACUGUUGAACCCAUUCGGAUAUUCUACUUACAGAGGUUCGUAAUUUAUUUGUUUGACAUUUAUUUGGCAAUAAGAAUACUUUCA